AUGGAUAGAGAGCUCCGUCCUCGCGAACGGCCCAAAGAUCGAGAUCAAAGAGAGGCUAAGUCAUCCCGAUCUGACCGGCCUUCCCGUUCUCGCGAACGCCCUCGCGAAAGACCUAGUGAACGGCCUCGUGAACGACCCGAAGAUCGGAAACAGAAAGGGACCGCCAAGUCAUCAGAAACUGACCGGCUUGGGCAUGCGAAUACGAGCAUACUACCUUAUCGUCCUGCCCAUGGUUCACCGCAUAGCUCUUCUUCUGAGAGGUCCAGUGGUUCCGAAAGGAGCAAUCCCGGUAGGCGUAUUCCAGGCUCGGACUAUACAAGGCCUCACAGUAUUGCGGACGUGACCUUUCUCGAUGCAAAAGACUUGACAAUGGCCGCUCUACCAGACAUCAAUUUCAUAGACAACCGCGCUGCACAAAGUUCUGCAGUCCAUUCACAUCUCAGAUUCUGCGCAAGACUGGUUCUAUGGGAGACCUUUGAACACGAGGUACGCAAGGUCUUCAACGAUGUGUUCAGAAACUGGGAUGAAGAUCAAAGCAAUAUACUAUCAGUUGAAAUGGACCAACAGUCUCCAAAUUCUAUUGUCAAUGAGCACUAUCUAUGUGGUGAAGAGCUCUCUACCAGUGGCCGCUACGUUCAAAAUGUCCUUCAUGUUAUGACAGCCGUCGGGAAGGAAAGCGGUUUCGACCUCCAAUUUGGCGACUGGUACUCUAGUUUCGACCACAAGGGAAAAUCCAGUACGCCAAGCAACACAGCUGGUGGAACGGGAAAGGGAACGGAAAAGGCCCGAGAAAAAGGAAAAGCUAAAGAAAGGGAACGCACUCAGAAUAAGGAUGACAACGAGAAAGAGAAGGUGAAGGUGAAGGAAAAGAGACUAAUCCCAGACUAUGCAUUGCUAGCAAAGGAAAAGGCAUGGUUAUCACAUACACAGAAGGAACCGAUAGAGACAUUCGCCCGCGCUCUAGGAGAGGCGAAGACGCCGUCAAAAACGGUCCAUGAUUUUAGUGAUUGGGUUGAGUCAGCAGCAAGAACAGGAAAUGAUGAAAAGCUUCGUCAACUUCUUGGCCAGGUAGCUAACUAUAUGUGGGGGUUUGGUUUCAAAUACGCCUUUGUUACAAACUACACGGACACGAUCUUCCUAAAGUGGGAAGGGAAAGGACCAAAGCCAACUCUCUACUAUAGUAACGUUAUAUACUUUAAUAACGUCUCUAUCAAAGAAAAGGCUCGACCAAAUCAUCUGCAAGUUUCUGUCCGUGAAAGCAUGCUCUUUCUUCAGCAUAAAGUCAGCUCGGGCGACUGGAAAGCCAACGUGAAUUGUCCUCUAGAGGCUUGGGUUGAGGAGUUAAAGAAAGAGUCAGAAUCAGGAGAUACUACAUCGCUAAUUCCUAGCUUAGAAAAGGCACGCGGGAAACCUCCACAGCAAGGAGAUUCGCGAGGCGACCAAAGCAAGUCAUCUCGCGGGCGGGGCGGGCGCGGCGAGCGCGGCGAGCGCGGCGAGAAAAAGAGGUGA